AGUGCCAGAGGCAGUGUGCUGCAGCAGUGUGCUGCAUGUCUAUCAUCAUGUCUUCCAUCCUAACAUCGUAAUGAUUAAUCAUUGAGUCCAAGAAACUACCUACUAUACCGAAGACAGAAAGAGACAAAGUUGCUCAUAUAGAUAUUUGAUCCAGUUAUAAAUUAAAAGAAUGUCAGACGGUUGGGUUCAUUACACUGUAUUAUAUACACGUCAGAAGACGAAGAAAUCAAAGACUUGGCACGAUGGAUUGCUAAAAGUCUCCACACAGGAUAAACGGGCAGUCCUGUUUGAUGAUAAAAACGUCAAGCUUGAUACAAUCUACGUCAGAGCUAACCAGGUUGCGUGCGGUGUGGACCUAGAGAGCGACCAUUACCUGGUUACUGUCGAAGAACAGCGAGUUGGGGGUGCUAGCAAUCAAAACAAUAGCCAGCAGAUACAGCCAGUGGUUGCACCCCCUGUCACCCAUCAAAGAGAAGAUGACAGACCCUUGCAGAAAGUGGUGCAGUCUAGAUAUGCAUCUAGUAAUCCGCAGGUGGAUGGAAUUAGUAAACCGAAAGUGGCACCACGAUUUCCAACGGCGAAGCGAAAAAGGGUGUUUAUCCCUCCAAGGGUCGUCAAACAGCAAAAGGUGGAACACUCGGACACAGCUCACACGUCUGCUGCUCUGCGCACGCACAUGUCCGGCCCGACGCGUGGUUCUGGAGACGUCAUCCGACAACAGCCGCCAUCCUUCGCACAAGGGCAGGCGGCUAUGAUGUCCUUGUGGACCACGCCUGGUUCAGCUGCCGGCGGUGUUGUCGAUCGGCCGUGUUUGCUUCCUGGUGGGCGGCUCGUCGCGGUGUCCGUGGGGAGUCCAGAGCAAAAGGUGGAAGGGGUGGUGGCUGCUGAGGACAACAACAGUAUUGCUCAGAUGCUGGGCAGCCUGCUGUCUGAGGCACUCUCCCGCUCCGUCCCCCAUGGGGAAGGAUGCGACGUGGAGAGAGAGGGCGCCACUGCACUCUCCCGCUCCGUCCCCCAUGGGGAAGGAUGCGACGUGGAGAGAGAGGGCGCCACCGUGCUCGCACCUCAACAAUUGAAGCCAGGGGCGGACCAUCAGGAGGGAGAUGCAUGGAGGGAGGCUGAGGAGUGUUCGUGGGUCGACCCAGCCACUCAUGGACGUGGUGAUGACGACAAAGUUGGCUUCUUGCAACGCGUCACUGAAGCCACAUCGCAGAACCAUCUGGAUGCAGAAGGCGGUGAAGAUGUGUUGCUGAGGUGGGCAGAUGCGGAGGAGAGCGAAGCGAUGCUAGAGCCUAGCACGGAUGCGAAAGAGAGUAAAGGUGCGUUGCUAAGACGCACCGGUGCGAUAGCAACUGAAGCGAAGCUGCAAGUAACUGCAAGAGAGAGUGAAGCUGUGGUACAGAGUCGAUUGGAUUUUCGAGACCAGGAGGCCAUGGCGGAAAGGCGGAAGAAGAAUGCGGAACGUGACACGGGGUUAAGGGGCCAGGGUACUGCUGGAGAGAGUGAAGCCAUGUUUGAGAGUUGGGUAAAUGUAGAAGGAAGUGAUCAUGAGACUGUGUUGCAGAGUAGGUCAAAUGGUGGAAGGAAUCGGGCAACAGACGAAGUUGAAGAUGCUGAAAUAGACAAGUUGUUUGCACUUGUUGCAUCUACUGCCCCAACUGUGCCUCCACAGGCGGUGCCACUUGUUGGUCGGCAAGGGUCAUGGAUUACACAGGGUAAGACCCAGCAUGUGUCACAGCCUGACACACAGGGUAAGACCCAGCAUGUGUCACAGCCUGACACACAUCUUACGACCCAGCAUGUGUCACAGCCUGACACGCAGGGUAAGACCCAGCAUGUGUCACAGCCUGACACACAGGGUAAGACGCAGAAUGUGUCACAGCCAGCAGGAGAAACCGUCCAGCCGGCAUUUGAUAAUGAUAUCUCGUUUGAAAUCGGCGGCAUGGAUUUUUUCGAUGACGACAGUCAAGAUUCGCGCGUUUGUGAACGAGCCAGUGAGCACAGUCCUUCUCAUACGUGUGAUAAAGCUGGCGGUAGUGUGAGAGUGAGCACAGAGCUGUCACCACCAACGCUUGCUCGUAAUCUGCUCUCCAGCCAGCACGAGUCCGCCGCUAACGUGGCAGCCGCUGUCGCAAGACCUGCCUCUAUGCAGACGACAGAUAUGCCCUCCCAGAAAUGCGGUGACGAUUCUCGACGGAAACGUAGUGGUAUCGCUGCUGGAAAUGGCCAUUGUGAUGUUCUCGCUGAUAUCCAGCGGCAUGAUGUAGCGUGCCACGACCAGCAGCAUGAUGUAGCGUGCCACGACCAGCAGCAUGAUGGUCGUCAAACAGCAAAAGGUGGAACACUCGGACACAGCUCACACGUCUGCUGCUCUGCGCACGCACAUGUCCGGCCCGACGCGUGA